AUGUGGACAUGCGUGUCAGAGGACUUCGAUGUCAUCAGAUUGAUGAAAGAAAUUAUUAAAUCUGCAACAAAUCGUGAUCAGGAUUGUAGUAAGUUAAAAGGAGAUGAAAUUCCUAAGCAUUUACAGGAAAUUUUGACAGGUAAAAAAUUUUUGCUUGUCUUGGAUGAUGUUUGGAAUGAGAAGCCGAUGAAAUGGUUGGAAUUGAAAGAUUUACUAAUGAAUGGUGUCAGCGGAAGUAAAAUUAUUGUGAGCACACGAAGUAAAAAGGUUGCAGAAAUAAUGAGCACUGUUCCCUCACAUUUUUUACAAGGUUUUUCCAGUGAGGAAUCCUUGUCAUUAUUUAAGAAGUAUGCAUUCAAAGAUGGAGAAGGGAAAGAUUUUCCAAGGCUCGUUAAAUUUGGGAAGGACAUUGUAGAAAAAUGUAAAGGAGUUCCGUUGGCCGUGAAAUCUUUAGGGAGCUUACUUUAUGCAAACACGGACGAACAUGAGUGGUUGAAAAUAAAAAAAAAAAUGACAUCUGGCAGGUGGAUCAAGAUAAUGAAGACAUCUUACCAGUAUUGA